AUGUCUAUUCAGCAAUACUACGGAGGAUCCUCUCUGGCAAUGGUGGGAAAGGAUGCAAUUGUGAUCACAGCUGACAAAAGAUUUGGAAACAAUGCAAGCACAUUGCAUUCAAACUUUACCCGUUUGUAUAAAAUGACAGACAGGCUUAUUCUUAGUUUGACUGGGUUUGUGCCGGACUGUCAAAUACUUUACAAGACACUCAGAAAGCACGUGAAUAUGUUCAAGCUCAAUGAGCAGAGGGAGAUAGAGCCGAAAGAGUUUGCUUGUUUACUUUCAUAUAUUCUGUACAGCAAGAGGUUCUCACCUUUCCUUAUUUCCCCGCUGAUAGUGGGAUUUGACAGGGAGAACAACCCACAUGUAUAUACCAUGGAUUUAAUAGGGUGUAUGAGUGCGCAUAAAGACUUUGCAUCAACCGGCACUGCAUCCACUAAUUUAACAGGUAUUGCAGAUGUGUUAUUCACUGAGGGUCUGGAAGAAGAAGACUUGUUUACCACAGCAGUGCAGGCGUUUUUAAAUGCAAUAGACAGGAAUGCGCUGUCUGGGUGGGGUUCUGAUGUAAUUAUUCUGACACCUUCAAAAAGAGUGCAUCGUGAAGUAAAAACACGGCAAGAUUAAAAAGCUAACUGAAAGGGCUGGCAUGACAGGCAGUAGAUUAAACAACUCUCAUCCAACAUCCA